AUGUCCUCCUCUGUCGCCGCCGACGACAGAGUCGCGUCACACUCCCACUCUGGCAUCCUCACGCAGAGCUCCGACGAACCGAUUGAUCAUGCUGUAGCCAGUGCCGCAGCAGCCUUGCCGGAGGCGCGUGGCAAGCGCCGAUCUGACGCAGCCAUGGAGAGGCUGCUCCGGCCGUCCAUUGCCGUCAAGCCGCACCCGCACGCCCUACACGUGCAGCCCAAGAUGCUGUCGCCCCUGUUCCUGCUUCGACGGCAGGACCUCCUUCUCGGCUGCAUCGACUUCCGGUCCACGGCGGACGAGGCCGGCCACACCCGGCUCGUUGAAUCCCGCGUCAAGAUCCUCGACCUCGAGGCCCGCAUGGUCGGCGCCGCGCAGAGCGUGCUGAUUGCCCGGCAUGACGGCUCGCGGCGCAACACCGUGUACGCCCUCGAGCGCCAGGACGACGAGGGCCGCUACGCCAUAUGCAGGCUCGGCGCCUGGGUCGACCUCGAGCGCCUCGCGCACCGCGCCACCGCCAUCUGCGCUGACCGCGUCUUUACCGCCGCCGUCAAGGCCGAGGAGCCCACGACGACCGCGACGACCACGACGGCGCAUAUGAAUCACGUACCGAGGAGCAAGCGCGCCGCCAUCGAGGCCAUCCAGUCGCUCGUGCGGAAGAAGCCCAAGCCGGAGCCCGGCCCGUCGAGCGACGACGCCGGGAUGCGACAACCGGUGUCGGACCAGAUGCCGCUGCAGCCUACAUCGGCAAACGCCGGUCGGCAGGUGAAACAGCAGACUGCGGAGGAGUUGCAAACGCCAGGAGUGACAUCCCCGCGCAUUAAGAAGAGAGAGGAUGAGACCUCUAUACCCGAGAUUCCAUGUGUCCAGCCUGCGUCGGUGCAGCAAACUCAUGCGGCGCAAACUAUGGACUCCAAGGAUAGUUGUGCCAUCCCCAAGACCGAAGUAGAGGGCUUGGCGAACGACGCGCCAUCAGGGCUCCCCUCAAGUCAAGUUUGCGCCCACACUACACACGAUGAUCAUCAAGAUACGGCUACAAAGAUUUUUGAACACGUACGAGCUCAAUAUUUCGAGGCAUUAUACAAGUCAAUGGGUUCACUUGCAUACUUUGCCAAAGGUCCCUUGUCACGGGCUAGAUCUACAUUCCACCUCGAUCUCGAGGCGAACCUCGACAUGACGGAGCUGAUUGACUUUCUGAAGGGUCUCAUUCUCACGACUGUACAAAUUGACAAGAAAUACCACGAAACUGCACCAAAAAUCAUCUCUGAGUUAUCGACCGCUGUUGAAAACUCGGACGAAAAUCGCUCGAGACGACGGAAAUCGAAAAAGAUGACUCUCAGCAAGAACGGCCUCUAUCCCCACGAAGAUGACCGCAUUCGUAAGUGGUGGAACGCCAACAAGCCGGACGAGGAGCAGCUCACAUCCGCUGCCACGCAAAUCAAAUCCCGUCUGUCGGUGCUUCGCACCCGCGAAACGCAGUUGCAGAUGAUUCUGAUCAUGGAGAUUCUCGCCCUGGAGCCGCUGAAAGCCGCAGACGACGCGGCAGAGAACAGCCUUCCCCUGCUUCCCGGGGAGGCCGCCUCGCAAGCUCACCGCUCACCGGCGGCUGCUCAUAUAAAGAAGAGGAACAAGCAUAACUUGCCGGUCCUCAUUGACGUCCAUGCCGACCGUUUAACAAUCUGGCAGUCCACUGCUGCAGAUGAGCAGCAGCUCGGGGAAGACUCACAGGCCAAUGACCUCAAAGGUAGCCAAGUGCUAAAACCGUCCUCGGAGCCCCUGAAAGACUUUUGUACAGAUGUUAUUGUGCCAUUCUUCUCGGCACGUAUUCCAGACAUGUGCAAUGCCAUUAGUAAAAAACUAGGAGGUCCUGUUCUUAUACCCGCAGGCGGCAGAUCGCAUCAUCGCUCUGCCCACAAGAAGGAGCAGAAGCCUGGCUCCGUUACCAAGAGGCCCGCUGCGCCCCGGCCGGUAAAGACACUUGAGCGCGCGCUGUCCACGGACCAGCAUAGCCGCAGGAGCGUGUCUCGCGGACCUAGCAACAUGAUUGCCCUUCUGCGAUCCGCGACCUCGACAUCCCUGCCGAAGCGCGAAGGAAGCGAGCCUGCCAACCCCAGACGCCUUCCCAAGAUGGAAGGCGACAGCCAGAGGAGACCGGCAUUCUCGCGCAGCAGCAGCAGUAUCAGCACGGCGAGCCAAGACGUGUCCAAGGCGAGUAGGAAAGCGAUGGUGGACGCCCAAGUCAAGGAUGCUAUUGCUGCCUUGCGGAAGCCGAAUAGGGAGGUCGUGGGCCAAGCCAUGGAAGAGGCCGACCAGCAGAGAGCGCUCGCGGCGAAGAAAGCCCGCAAGGCGCAACGAAGUUCUAUUGUGAAGGCGACGCCCGCGAACAAUCGAUUCAGAGACGUUUUUGCCCUUGACCAGGGCAAUCCCGAUACACCUGCGCAGCAGCAGCAGUACAUGUCGGAUGUCAUCCCGCCGUCCAGCAUAGGGCCGUGUGUCCCGUCCACGGGCCAUCGCAGCAGCUUCCGGAACCCCAUGGAUCUCGACAUGUCGCCUGCGAUUGACGCAAUCGGAAGCACCCCGACGAAGCAGCGCGUGACAGCGUUGAUGUUUCCCCCAAGCCCCUGCGCGAGCAGCUCGCUGCUACGGGGGCGUCCCGAGGCAGGCGGAGGGACCGCGGCGUGGCCGACGCGCGAUAGGGAUCACGUCUUCGCCACGCCCGUCAAGAAGGAGAAGCACCAGCAGCAGCCGGUGCCCAGCCUGAGUCCCGUGAGGCAGCCGCAGCUGCAGGACCAGACGCAGCCGCAGAAGUCUAUUUACGAGGCGCUCGGCUGGGAUGACGACUACGAUUUUUAA